AUGGACUUGGACCGCGAUGAGAUGCUGGACGACAUGUCCUUGUCCUCGGACGACGAGAUGUUUGAAGACAUGAUCAAUGAGAUGACGGCGCCCCGUGCUGUGACGCCCGCCCGCCCGGCAGCUCCGGCGCGCACGCAGAUGGCCCCGAUGGCGCCGCGUGGCGCCGCGCCGAUGCCGGACCUGAGCAAGAUGAUGGCGCAGAUGAUGCCGAUGAUGUCGCAAAUGUUUGGCGGCAACGCGGGCUUGCAGCCGAGCCGCCGCGUGAUGCGCGCGAUGGAAGACGUCGUCGCGGACCACGUGCCGGUGGACGAAGUGGCGUCGUGGGUCGAGACGAUCCAGCGCGACGAGGCGCGGCAGCAAGUGGCGCGAGCGGCCAAGCCCCGCACGAACAUCAGUCGCGCGUACCGCACAAAGGACACGAAGCUGCCGAGCGACCACCUCCAGGCCGCGACGCUCAUGCAGGAGCUGCUUCUCGAUGCUGUGCGCUCUGCCAAGGUGACGCCGUCGGCGAGUUGGGAGAAGAACCAGCUGCGCGUGCACACGGAGCUUCGCGAGCGCGGCAUCGACGCCAUUUACGCCAAGGAGUUGCAGGCGUCGCUGCGGCGCCACGUCCGGGACGACGCCGACGCCGAUCCGGCGCGGUUCCCGGUCAUGCAUGCGACGUUGCUUACAUAA